AUGGAAGAUUACAUGAUCUUUGCUCAUGCUCAUGUUGGGAUUUACAUACCAACAAUAUUUAGGGGGCGAAUCUCUUAUCCUACAUCAAUCACAACAUGGCUAACUUGUUUGAUCGCAGGGGAGUGGUGGAAUGGUAGUGUCGUUGCCAUCGACAAUCAAGGUUUUCUUAACGGUCUUGGACCAACACUUGCCGAUGCUUUCACCAUUAAUGGAAAACCUGGCCAUCUCUACCCAUGCAAAGAUACCUAUAAGCUGAAGGUGAAACCCGGAAAGACCUACCUCCUCCGGAUAAUCAACGCUGCACUCAACCACCAGUUGUUCUUCAAGAUCGCAGGCCACAAUUUCACAGUGGUGGCCGUUGACUCUAGCUACACUGAACCAUACCUCACCGAUGUGAUCGUAAGCGGACCAGGUCAAACGGUGGAUGUCCUCCUUGUUGCCAACCAACCUCCCAAGAGUUACUACAUGGCAGUUAAUGCCUACAAUAGCGCCACAGUACCGUUCCUUAAUACAACCGCAACUGCCAUUAUCGAAUACAAGGACUCCACUUCAUCCGUACCCGAGAUGCCCGCCCUUCCACCCUUCAAUGACACACCCACGGCCUUCACUUUCUAUAGCAACUUAACUAGCCCUCCUUCAAUGGUGACCGACUUACCUCUGCAAGUGGACUUGCAGAUGUUCAUAACUAUUGGCAUGGGUGUCUCGCCUUGUGCACUCCCAGGUAAUGCUACGUGUCAAGGUCCCAAUGGUCUGCGACUUUCUGCCAACAUGAACGGCAAGUCAUUCGAGUUGCCCACCAAUAUGUCCAUCUUGCAAGCAUCCUUUACGGGUGCCACCGGAGUUUACACCGAAGAUUUCCCAAGCCAGCCACCGGUGACCUUCGACUACACUAACUCCACCAAACGCUUGAACCAGACACAGUUCGUGUUCACACAGAAGUCAACAAGUGUGAAGAAGAUUCCAUUUAAUUCGUCGGUGGAGAUAGUGCUACAAAACACGGCUAUUAUUGGGGAGGAGAGCCACCCAAUGCACCUCCACGGUUACGAUUUCUAUGUGAUGGCAAUGGGGUUUGGGAACUAUAACGCUUCCGUGGAUACGAAGAAGUUCAAUUAUUUUAAUCCACAAAAGCGUAACACUGUCGCCGUGCCACGUGGAGGAUGGGCUGUCAUCAGAUUCCGAGCUGACAAUCCAGGUACAUGGAUUAUACAUUGCCACCUCGAAACCCAUCUCUCGUGGGGCCUGGCUACGGUUCUGAUAGUUGAUGAAGGGCCUACCUCUUUCUACAAACUCCCUCGUCCACCUUCCGAUUAUCCUAAAUGUUAGAUACCACAUAUGAUCGUCAUCACUCAUUCAUUUUAUUAUUCUUUCAAUUCUUGUUUCGUUUUUUUUAUCAUUGGCAGCAAUUGUGAAGUGAGAUGAUUUGUUUAUAGUGAUUUGAUUUGUAAGUGAGUGACAUUUGAGUUAAAUUAUUAGCAACAACCACAACAGCAGCAGAUCUAAGCAGGAAGAACAAUGAUGUAAAGUUGUCAAGGCUCGAUCGGGAUCUUUGUAAU